AUGCAGACCCCAACUAGGAGCAUAUACCCUGAGCUGCCUGAUCCUAGGUAUCACAAGGAAAUCGCCGGGUUGGCGUUCAACUCGACGCAUGAUCAGGUGUGUGACGCAUGGAAACUGAUCCUUGAACACUGCUUUCCAAUCAUGACCACUGAUGAGGAUGAGGCAAGGUUCAUACACAAGCAGAUUGACCUAAAGACAGAAUACCCUCACCUGGCCGUCGCCAGUCCGCAGGGACAGUGGCCCAACAUCCCUCGGCUGCAUGUCUACUGCCAAGCUGUUCCCCCGCCGGGAGUCAAAAUCUGGGAGACGCUGGAGCGAGCGGUCAAGUUUGAACUCACAAGCGCUGUGGACAUGAUCAGGGGCCCCAAGCCCAGCAUGUACGCGAUCAUUGCCGCGGGCCCUCUGAUCCGCGUGUGCGGAGUCAACAAGGAAGGCCGCUUCUGGGACAUCUUCUCCCAGGGCGAGGAGGAGUCGGCCUGGAAUAUCCAUACCGAUUUUGAUACCAUCAUCGAGGCGCUCUGUAAGAUCCGAGCGAAGUUGCUGCCGCCGCCAUGUCUCUCGUUCUUCGACUGGGAUGCUUCCUAUGUGACGGAUGUGACGGAUGUGCGGGCGAAGAUACGCGAUGUCUCGCCUUUUUGA